GGAGGGGGUAGGACCUUGAGGAGGGGCGCCACGGCGCUGGUGGAGGCUGCAGCUACGUUCGCGCCUGCUCAGCUCCCUAGGACGCGUCGGGCUCCCGGGGUCCGGGGUGGCUUCUUGCUCGGAUACGAGCUGCCCGGCCUUCAGUGAUUGCAGGCAGACUUCGCUACUGCUUCUUCUGCCGCCCCUCACCAGCCUUUGUAGUGCCCUGUGCCCUUGGAGGAGAGUCAGAGAAGAAGAGCCUGGGCCAUCUCCGCUCCUUUGGCACAAGAGAUCACUGCCCUCCGGAAACGAUGGUUGCUGCUGGACCCAGCUGGGACUCUGCCAGGCUCCAGUGCUCAGUCUAAGGAAAGGGCCCUCUUCCAGCCCUGCUCUCCCUGCCUGUCAUGGCCACACUCAGCUGCUGCCUGCUUGCCUGGGGACAUAGGGCACACAGCCCCAGCGCUGAGAGGUUAAACCAGGCCCUCUCACUCCAUUUCACAGGGGCACUCUGGGCACCAGUCCCCUUUCAGACCGAGAGCAACUGAUGCCAUGGGAGAAGCCCCUGCCCAUCUGUUCACUCACCUGGUACUGCCUGCUCUGAGACCCCUACACGGGUUGCCCUGGAGGUGCCAACACUGUGAAACCCUCCCCUGUGCCCUGACACUGAGAAGGCCCUGCCCACCCCCACCAUGUGUGAAGUGAUGCCCACAAUCAACGAGGGGGACCCCCUGGGGUCUCCCCAUGGAACGGAUGCUGACGCCAACUUUGAGCAGCUGAUGGUGAACAUGCUGGAUGAGCGGGAGAAGUUGCUAGAGUCCCUUCGGGAGAAUCAGGAGACUUUGGCGGCGACACAGAGCCGGCUCCAGGAUGCCCUGCAUGAGCGAGACCAGCUCCAGUGCCACCUUAACUCUGCCCUUCCCCAGGAAUUUGCCACCUUAACCCGGGAGCUGAGUAUGUGUCGGGAGCAGCUUCUAGAGAGGGAGGAAGAGAUAUCAGACCUGAAAGCAGAGCGGAAUAACACGAGGUUGCUUCUGGAACAUCUGGAGUGCCUAGUGUCCCGUCAUGAGCGGUCACUGAGGAUGACUGUGGUGAAGCGUCAGGCUCAGUCACCUUCAGGGGUUUCCAGUGAGGUGGAGGUGCUGAAGGCUCUCAAGUCACUGUUUGUGCACCACAAGGCCCUGGAUGAGAAGGUGCGAGAGCGGCUCCGGGUGGCCCUGGAGAGAGUGACCACCUUGGAAGAGCAGUUGGCAGGUGCCCACCAGCAGGUGUCUGCCCUACAGCAGGAGGCAGGGGUUCAGGAUGGAGUGGCAGAAGAGGAGGGGACUGUGGAACAGGGACCGAAAUGCCUGUGGAAGCAUGACGCGGGCCAGGUAGAAGAGCUGCAGGAGCUCCUGGAGAAGCAGAACUUUGAGUUGAGCCAGGCCCGGGAGCGACUGGUCACCCUGACAGCAACCGUGGCCGAACUUGAGGAGGACCUGGGCACGGCCCGCCGGGACCUUAUCAAGUCGGAGGAGCUGAGCAGCAAACAUCAGCGGGACCUCCGGGAAGUGAGCAAGGGCCUGGGCCCGACCCUAUCUUUCUGGGUGCAGGCUCUAGCCCAGAAGGAGGACGUGGAGAAGCGAAUAACCACACUGGAGAAGCGCUACCUGGCUGCUCAGCGUGAGGCCACAUCGAUUCAUGACCUCAACAACAAACUGGAGAAUGAGCUGGCCAAUAAGGAGUCCCUGCACCACCAGUGUGAGGAGAAAGCCCAGCAUCUGCAGGAGCUACUGGAGGUAGCAGAGCAGAAACUGCAGCAGACGAUGCGCAAGGCUGAGACGCUGCCAGAGGUGGAGGCUGAGCUGGCCCAGAGAAUUGCAGCCCUCACCAAGGCUGAAGAGCGGCAUGGCAGCACUGAGGAGCACCUGCGGCAGCUGGAGGGACAGCUGCAGGAAAAGAACCAAGAGCUGGCAAGGGUGCGCCAGCGGGAGAAGAUGAACGAGGACCACGGCAAGCGACUGUCAGACACCGUGGACCGACUGCUUAGCGAGUCGAAUGAGCGCCUGCAGCUCCACCUCAAGGAGCGCAUGGCGGCCCUGGAGGAGAAGAACACACUGAUCCAAGAGCUGGAGAGCUCCCAGCGGCAGAUUGAAGAGCGGCAGCAUGACAAGGGCCGCCUGUCUGAAGAGAUUGAGAAGCUGCGCCAAGAGGUGGACCAGCUGAAGGGUCGAGGAGGGCCAUUUGUGGAUGGCAUCCACUCCAGGGCGCACAUAGGCAGUGCAGCAGAUGUGCGGUUCUCCCUGAGCGCAACCGCCCACGCACCUCAAGGUCUGCAUCGUUCCUACUCAGCACUGCGGGAAGAGUCUGCCAAGGACUGGGAGCCAUCUCCACUGCCUGGGGUGCUGGUCCCCACAGCCACCCCUGCCUUUGACAGUGACCCUGAGAUCUCUGAUGUGGAUGAGGAUGAGCCAGGGGGUCUGGUGGGCUCCGUGGACGUUGUCUCCCCCAGCAGCCACUCAGACGCCCAGACCCUGGCCAUGAUGCUGCAGGAGCAGCUGGAUGCUAUCAACGAGGAGAUCAGGAUGAUCCAGGAAGAGAAGGAGUCCACAGAGCUCCGUGCUGAGGAGAUUGAGACACGAGUGACUAGUGGCAGCAUGGAGGCCCUAAAUCUGACCCAGCUGCGCAAACGUGGUUCCAUCCCCACCUCUCUGACUGCCCUGUCCCUGGCCAGCGCAUCCCCUCUGUUCAGCGGCCGCUCCACACCUAAGCUUACUUCCCGCAGUGCUACCCAGGACCUGGACCGAAUGGGGGUCAUGACCUUGCCCAGUGACUUAAGAAAGCAUAGGAGGAAGCUGCUGUCACCAGUGUCUCGGGAAGAGAACCGAGAGGAUAAAGCCACCAUAAAAUGUGAGACUUCUCCUCCUUCCUCACCCAGGACGCUGCAGCUAGAGAAGCUUGGCCACCCAGCCCUGAGCCAGGAAGAAGGCAAGAGUGCUUUGGAGGAUCCAGGCAGCAACCCCAGCAGCAGCAACAGCAGCCAGGACUCCUUGCACAAGGGCACCAAGCGCAAGGGCAUCAAAUCAUCCAUCGGCCGCCUGUUUGGGAAGAAGGAGAAAGGCAGGCUGAUCCAGCUGAGCCAGGACGGAGCCACGGGCCAUGUUCUGCUAAUAGACUCUGAGCUCGGUCUGCAGGAGCCCAUGGUACCUACCAAGCUGGGGACCCAGGCAGAAAAGGACCGGCGGCUGAAGAAGAAACACCAGCUGCUUGAAGAUGCCCGCAGAAAAGGAAUGCCCUUUGCCCAGUGGGACGGCCCUACUGUGGUCUCCUGGCUAGAGCUCUGGGUGGGGAUGCCUGCUUGGUAUGUGGCAGCCUGCCGGGCCAACGUCAAGAGUGGGGCCAUCAUGUCAGCCCUCUCGGACACAGAGAUCCAGCGGGAAAUUGGCAUCAGCAAUGCCCUGCACCGGCUCAAGCUCCGGCUGGCUAUCCAGGAGAUGGUGUCGCUGACCAGCCCCUCUGCCCCGCCCACCUCCAGGACUUCUUCUGGGAAUGUCUGGGUCACCCAUGAAGAGAUGGAAACUCUGGCAACAUCCACUAAAACAGACAGUGAGGAGGGCAGCUGGGCUCAGACCCUGGCCUAUGGGGACAUGAACCACGAGUGGAUUGGGAACCAGUGGCUGCCCAGCCUGGGGCUCCCCCAGUACCGCAGCUACUUCAUGGAGUGCCUUGUGGACGCUCGCAUGCUGGAUCACCUCACCAAGAAGGACCUGCGGGUCCACCUGAAGAUGGUGGACAGCUUCCACCGAACCAGUCUUCAGUAUGGCAUCAUGUGUCUGAAGAGGCUGAACUAUGACCGGAAGGAGCUGGAGAAGAGGCGGGAAGAAAGCCAGCAUGAGAUCAAGGAUGUGCUGGUCUGGACCAAUGACCAGGUGGUUCAUUGGGUCCAGUCUAUUGGGCUCCGGGACUAUGCAGGAAACCUGCAUGAGAGUGGUGUGCAUGGUGCUCUGCUGGCCCUGGACGAGAACUUCGACCACAACACGUUGGCCCUGGUCCUCCAGAUACCCACGCAGAAUACCCAGGCACGCCAGGUGAUGGAGAGAGAGUUCAACAACCUGUUGGCCUUAGGCACAGACCGGAAACUGGAUGAUGGGGAGGACAAGGUGUUCCACCGCGCACCCUCCUGGAGGAAACGCUUCCGGCCGCGAGACCACCAUGGCAGCGCCAUGCUCAGCGCCAUGCUCAGCGCCUCUGCCGAAGCGCUCCCGGUAGGCUUCCGCGUGUCCACCCUGGGGCCACUGCAGCCUCCACCGGCCCCGCCAAAGAAGAUCAUGCCUGAAGGCGCGGCCGGGAAGGCCCCACGGGCGAGCUGUGCGCGCACUAACCCGCCGCUCUGUGUUCUCCCGCGGCUGCCGACUCCUCCCAGCCGGGACGGCGGGGGCGCAGAGACUGGAGACCUCCACGGUUCGGACCUACUCCUGCUGACCCCGCCUCCCGCCCCGGGUCUGACGGGGCUGUGCCCGUGGCUCGGGCACACUCUCACUAUCUCUACGGACACAUGCUCUCCGCCUUCCGGGACUAGCUACAGCCCCCAAGGCCAGCUUCCUUCUGCUUGGUUUCACAGGCUCGGAGAGCCCUUAACCCUCCUGCUUGGUCCCCUUACUCCCACGGCUCCUAGUCUCAUAUCUCAGAAUAUACUGUCUACCCCCUAGCCAUCCCUCUACCCCAGGUCCAACGUGUGUCCCUUGUAAGGCUCUCCGGGAUGUGGCUGGGUUUCCUGGUGUUGUGGAGGCAACCAGGUUGUCCAUGCUUGUGGGUCUGCGGGAGGGAGAGGAAGGCAGCCCAAGAUGGAUGGACUCCACCUUCCCUCUUCUGCAUCUAGCUGGUCUGGACUGCAAACUCCACCAGAGACCAGGACACAGCGUCAAGGGCUGGGGAUGGCCCUUCCGAGAAAACGGCACUCCAGACUGCCUUGCUUGGGUUAUUGGGCUUUCUGGUUUCUGUCCGCCUCUUGGUUGUACUAGAUGGUCUACAGCUGCUCUUGGCACCUUCACCAUUAUCCCUCCCCCAACUCAUCUGCAUAGCUGCAGCUCCUGCCUCACCUCCAGGACCUCCUUGGGGGCUGGGAAGGGCUGUAGAAGGCCCCAUUCUUCCUCAGGAUGAUGAACCUGGGAAGAGGGAAGGCUAAGGUGGAGAUUCUAGGCCCUGGUUUAAGUUGAAUCCCAAACACCAAGCAUAAGGAUGGGGAAACUCAGCCCUCCUGCCCAGUGAGAGGUGCAGGCAGGUCAGCUAGAGGGAGAGUCAAUGGCCUGUGGCAGCCUUAAGCCCAGAUGGCAGCGGGAAUGCCUCCUGCCCCAGCUGUAGGGUAGCGCUGCUGCUGGGCUGGGGGGAGAGGGAACUGUGUGGAUCUUGGCUGUGGAUCAAGCUAACCUUGCACUGCCAGCUAUGCUCCCAGGAUUCCUUCCCUUUCUGUCCCCCUCUGCCCCACUUCUUUGAUAAUUCCAGCCCCGUAAGAAUAUACCUAAUGGGUGGAUUGAGUAUAUACAUUGACCUUAAAGUCUGGUUUGGGAAAAAGGUAAUCUGAGGCUUCCUUCCUCUGAUCUCCCAGGAAGAAAAUAAAGAUUCCCCUGUAGUGAAUCAUGUCCUAGGUCCAGGAAAUCCAGUGUUGGUGAAGACUGUCAUUCUCUUGCUUGUCCCCACACCACUACCCCCUUGUUCAGGGCUCUUUUGGUGUGCAGGGACUGCUUCGUCCAGAAAUUCCUGAGACCUGCCCAGUUUCAGUUGCUUUCCCCAGUAGCACGGCAGCAUCCAGGGCUGAGGGAUACAGGUCCCGCUUUGGUAGGAAUGUUAUUUCCAAGAAAUCCCUCUUCUUAACCCAUGUACUCAUCCUGCCAAGGUGCCUGGAAGUGUUUGGGACCCAAGUUCAGGGUGAGCUGAUGGAACCUAAGGUUUCAUCCAAAUGAAAGGAGAGGAAAAGUGCCUGAAGCAUGUUUCCUGGAGAGGAGCCAGUGAAGCGCCACCCUGCAGGUGGCUGAGCAGCUGGUUUGCAAGCUGAUGACUUGGAUUCUGAGUGGCGGCUAGGCUAGCAGGUGGGAUGAUGGGUCAGAGCACCCUGUCCAGAAGGAGUGCUAGAGCCUGGGGCAGUACCAGGCUUACAGGUUUCUGCUGCUUUUCAGUAGAGGAGAGGUCCACCAGUGGUGGGGCUGGGUGGGCUCCCAUGGGUAUGGGCAAGGCAUCCAACUUCCCUUGCUCUCCCUCAUUGUUCCCUGCACUUCCUGUCUGUCAGGCCACUGGGAAUGGAGCUGGAGGAGUUCUUGAGCAGAAAAUAAGUUGGAUGGAGAGAAAGAGCUCCUAUCCCUGGGUAAUGGAUGUUAAGAUUAUGGAGAAACCCCAGAUUCCUAAGAUUGGUGAAGUUGGAGACCACAAGGCCAUCUGACUCCUUCAGGGAACUCUGAUAGGCUAGCAUAGUGGGAAAUUCAGCCCCAGCCUCUCCUCUACAACUCAACCCUAUCUUAAUUAGUCAUGUCAUAAGGCAGCAGCUGGCAGGACCCAGGUCUGUUCGGGGUAUCUUGGGAUUAUUGCAGGGAGGUGAUGCAUACAGUGAUGGAAGGCUCUUGUCUUGGUGUAUCCCUUGCCUCACAGUCAAUAUACUUUUUAUUUGGGGAGUCACUUGUGACCCAUACCCCCUCACCAGCUUCCUGUAUCUUUUCAGGUCCCUUCUCAGUACCGUACUACCGACACAGUGCAUCAGGAAUGGGUGUAUGGGUCUGUAUGAGUGUGAGUGUGUGUGUGUGUGUGUGUGUGUGUAUACAUACCAAUAAAUAACCUGGUUUUGAGACAACAUACA